AUGGUGUACAAUUCGUUGACCGACGUUCCUCGCAACCUCAAGGAGGGCAUCGACUGGUUGAUCGCCCUGAGAGGAACUGACCCUGACAACAACUUGGGUGCUAUGGGCGCCCUAAUUUACGACUUCCUCUUAGACAAGCCUGUUGGCAAGACGGAGGUGCCCGCUCUCGAAAAAGUUAAACUUGUUUCUAAGGAGUUCGUGGCGCAGCCGGAGAUUAGGAACCUGCGAUUCGCAAAAAAGCUGCUAAAACGCUAUGAGGUGCCUAUGGAUAGAGAGCUUGACAGCUUCGCCAGAUCUGCAGGAUUUUACAUCGACAGUGAUUAUAAGAACGUCGUAAAGACAAGGGGUGACACGCACGAAGACAUCGCAACUGACCUGGCCACUGUUGUGGAUGGAUGUGAGGCGUUUCUGAAUCACAUAAAAAUCCCUGAGCAGUACGAGUCUGCAUACAGUUCGAAAGCUACGUGGGAUGCGUCAUGCACCAAAGACCCGGAAGCUUGUGCUUUGGUUCUCGUAUACAACCUGGAAAAGCCAGAUGAUAAGGUGAGGGAGCAUUUGGCGGAUGUGAUUAAGGCCGUCGGUUACGGAGAGCCCGGGUGCCGCUCUAGCAUGAGUGGUCCAGAUGUCCUCAAAGCAUUGGAAAGUGUAAAUCUACAUGUAUUGAUUUCGAUCCGCGAGCUCGCAGCAUUCUGGGCGUUCUACUGA